ACAAACAGGAUACAGCAAAGCUGUAUAUAAGUAGUAGCUAGUUUUGGAGGUGAUAUAAUUUUUUCAAGCUUCAUGUACACUGUGCUCUCUGAGGUGGCAUGAAGAUAGCUGCAUUCAUAUUUGGCGUCUUGUUCCUGUGGUCAUGGCAACCAGCCAGCGCAAUUACCCCCUCAGGUAUCGACGAGUGUGUUACUUGCAUGGACAACUGCGAUGAAAAUGACUGUGUUGUUGGCUCCGUAUCAGUCGACAGAGUGGAGUUCUUCUACACCUAUGGUGGUGUCUACAUGUACAUCUACUUCAACAACUUGAUGGAGAAUCCAUUCUACAAUGAUGAAUCCUCCUUCUUCGAGCCAUUUGAUAGUGUGUCUGAUGUACCAUGUAUUUUGAACCAACUUGUUUUCAGAAACACGGACACGAACGCAACAUUCCAGGCUGAAUACCAGGGUGCUUGUACUUCCUUCGGUAGUAACUUGAUUUUAAUCCGCAUGAAUCCUAGAGAUUUUCUCAGGCUGCUUUCUAACAAGUUUAUUGACACCAACUCAACUACUACUGUCCCCUUGGAGAUGUACACUGCAGAUAUGCUUGGAACUCCUUUCAACCUUCGAAUAGAACCAGACAACCCGUUUGAGUUUGACGUGAGAGUUAUCCUAUCCUCCAAUGUAGGGGUUAAUGACCUAGAUUAUUGGAUCAAUGACAGUAUUCUUUUGAUUCAUUUCAAUGCUUUCAUUGAGGUUGCUACCGUCAAUGCUAGCAAGCUAUCACUCUCUCUCAGUUUCAACCAGGAUAAUGCAAAUAACACUGUUAACAUUACGAAUGGUGAAGUACUGAACCACUCUCCUGGCUUAACAUCAUCUGUAGCUAUUAGACUGUCUUCUAAUGAUCAAGAUCUGCUCGCAAGCAAAGGAAUAUGCAUUAUCAUUCAGGACUGUUACCUUGGCAUAGAAGAAGGAUUCGCUGCUGCAUAUUUUGGAGAAGAAGUUUCUCCGACUACUAGCUACAGAGUUCGUAAUAUCCGGAGAGCCCCCACAGAUUCUGAGCCAGUGACUAUGUCUAUUCAGCUGGACUACGUUGACGGGUUGGCUUUGAACUUAAUUCUCAACCUGGGUCAACCAUUCACAGUUCGAUCAACUUCUAUCGGGGAGAGGAUUAUCAGUGUGACAUGUACAAGCAGGGACACUAACAAACACGUGAACCCUACACUAGAGAUUGACAAUGGUGCAGUGCCUAUUCCUCCUAACUACAUCCAUAAUGAUUGGCCCAGCUCCACCACCUUGAAUGCAUCCAGAGGGCUAUACGAGUCUGGUUUGCAAGGUUACCAUACGUGCAGGACAGAAGGUGACACUUUCUUCAGCCCUCACCUUCUGCAUCCCAGUAAUGGUCGCAUCUUUUUCUAUCAAGGAUCCUCUAUUUCGGUUGAUGUAUAUGAGGAUAUUGUACUCCGCUUUGCACAUUCCGACUUUAAUGGAAAUUUUGAACUUAAUUGGUUCGAUGUAUAUAGAUCUACUAAUUUUGAUACACCACCUUUUGAGUUCCGUUUUGAAAUAAACACACCAUUCCCGUACCAUGCUGAACUGCACAUCAUCAGGACCCGGUUUGACUAUCAGGGAGAGUAUUUUAUCAAUUACCAUGGUAGUCUAUGGCCAAACUUCAUUAUCACUGUCAACGAUCCUGAACUCACUAUCUACCCACCGGUCCUGACUGUGCUCAGCUCUGACCCUCCUGAUACAACCGCCUCUCUCACUUGUACCUCUGACAAUACAAAUGUUCCUGUGCUCUUCCCUGGAGAUUACACCUCACUAGGCAUUACGUCUACCUACUUGGAUGAUACCAACAGCUCUGUAAGAUUGGAUUUUGAGCUGAACAAAAGCCUUAUUAGCAUGCUAGAGGGGGUGGAGUUCAUCUGUGAGGCUAGGGACCCAGAUGAUUUUAACUCCAUUGUAUCAACUGCCAGUUCUGUCUUCAGGAAAGUGUCAGCUCCUCUGUCUCUCUAUGCAAUUGAGCCCGACAGUAGUCGUAAUCAAGUUAUGGAUGGUGCAAUGAUCAAUACAACCAGCUCGUUUGAAUGCCUGUGGUAUAUCAAUUCCACACAAACGGAUAUUGAAGUUAUCACUGAUGCCUUGUUCUGGAAAAUCAACACCCUGCAGCCCCCAGAAGAAUUCGAGUUCACUUCAGAAUUUAGUGACGAGAAUUUUGUAGUCACUACACUCGAGAAUAGUAUCACACUGAAUAUUCUUGGCGGUUUCAUUGGAAGUGUUUCUUGUAUAUAUGGCGACGACAGUAUACAGAUCAACGUUUUCACUCAAGCUCUGGUGUUGGGUGUUGACUUCAUUCCUCCAUUCUUCCCUGAUGAUGCUGUGGAAUUGUUUGGUAGUGAUGAUGGUUGUUCACAGCGAAUUUACUCAAGCACUGGAAUUCCGUUUGGAGCUGCAACACAACAAUACGUUCAUGUCUGCACGAAUGGCAUGCUGACUGUUGGCACUCCCCCACUCUUUCUCGGUACAGCAUCAGAACGAUUCCCUACAUCUGAUAUCAGGAUCAGCCAAUCAAAUUUGCUUGCUCCAUUCUGGAAUGACCACGACGGCCGUGACCUCACCUCUAGUGUAAGGUACAGAGUGUACAAUGAUGCUGCUGGUGACCCUGAUGGUUUUAUGAACAUCGUGAGCUCUUUUAUAUCAACCCGUAUCGAUGCUGAAAUAUUUGGUACAUUUGUUCCCACUUGGAUGCUAGUAGCCUCUUGGAGGGACGUUCCUCCCUAUCCUCACACUGCAAUAGACAGAGGAAGAAAUUCGUUUGAAGCCAUUAUCAUAACUGAUGGUGUAGUAACCUUUGCUGUCUACACGUAUAACUGUGAUGAUCUGCAAUGGGGUCAGUCGCAGGAUAGUGACUAUUCUACCAUCGGCUACAACAUCAAUCCAGCCUCAUUUUUUGGUAGUGAUCCCCGAAAUUUGUCUGCUUUCCAAGAUCAUCGUCUUUCAAACCUUCCCAUGAGCGAGAUGAUUGCAUGUUCCAGCCUUGCUAGAGGAUCACGUUAUCAUAAUGAGGUGUAUUAUAUCGGUCAAUCCAUGGAUACCACACAAUUGGCACGUGCAGAAUGUACAAGCACUAUAAACAAUGAUACAGUGUAUAGUGACAUCAUCAACGAAACAACACUAAGGGAUGGAUGCCCUUGCAACUUGGCUCAGGCUUCAAGAGACUUUGCUUAUAGUUUCAUUGAUAUGUUUGCUUUGACAUUGGAUCCUGUGUAUGACAGGCAGUUCUGUGUGACUCCAAGAUUUCUCCAGACAGACACCAUUCUCUGUUGCUAUGGGCUAAAUGACGGUGGGGCACUCAACAAUGCUAGUGGUAUCAGUGGAGUGGUGGCGUACAGUCCUAGCUUCUUCCCAAGAGAGUUCCUUGAUAACGAUUACAACUUACGUCGCAAAUGCAGCAUAGGAGGUGAAGUUGACACACUGUACAGGACUAGAAGACCUCCAGUGACCUGUGCCAUUUAUCAGCCUCCAAGAAGAACCUUCUGUACUGGUGAUCCUCAUCUCACUAAUCUUGAUGGAACUAAGUUCACAUUCAACGGUUGGGGAGAGUACAUUUUACUGGAAUUGGAAACAAAUGACACCACAUUCUGGGUGCAAGCUCGUAUGCAACCACUCGUAAAUUCUAGCGCUACUGAACUAGGUGGUUUUGCUUUUGCUAUGAGCAGGGACACUCCUGUAGAAAUUCGCCUGAAUGCAACUAGACAGCUUGAGAUUCUAAUCAGUGGAGACGAUGUAACAGACCAAUUAGUCAACGUAAGCUCUUCUAUAUCCACUGACUUCUACUCUGUGUCUCGAAGCAGUUCCAAUUCCAUUCUGGCCACGUUCCCGAAUGGAAUGGGGUUAAUGGUGACUCUCUCGAGCAUGCUCACCUUCACAGUUAUCAUCCCUGAUGCCUUCCGUGGAUUAACUAGAGGAAUGGUUGGAAAUUACAACGGUGAUGUCACUGAUGAUGUCAGAUUCCGAAACGGAACUUUAGUGCCUCUUUCUGAAUUUUCCUUUCGUAUACUACACCAAGUGGGACUAUCAUGGCAACUAGAUGCUUCAGAGUCUCUCUUCACUUACCCUGAGGGCUUGACUGCCGCAGACUUUGCUGUCCUUGACCAUGAUCCACCCUACCUGGAUGAAGUGGUAGCAAUGGCAUCAGCAGAAGUGCUUCAGGCGUGUGGAGAUAAUGUCGAGUGUAUUUUUGACACUAUGGAAACAGGAGACAUCAACAUCGGCCUAGAAACUAUGACGAUGAUUUCAAUAAUUGACGAAGAUGAGAGGCUAGCAUCCAACUUCCCUCCCAUGAUCAACGGCCCUGACACUCUCUAUGUGAUGCUGGGGGAAGAGGCUGAACUAGUGUUCAAUGUGACUGAUGAUAAGGGCAAUGUCAAUGUUACAGUGGUGGAUGGACUGCCAGCUGGGGCCACUCUACUAUCUGCCCCCAUUGACAACUUUACGGUGGAGUAUACAUUCAAAUUGCAGCUUGAUACGAUUGCUGAUAUUUCUCUUGUGUUUUUGGCCAUUGAUGAGCUGGACUCUGGGUCAACUCUGGAAGUGCAGGUUGUGAUUUGUGCUUGUGUGAACAAUGGCAACUGCACACUGGAGGGAGUAGUGGAUCAGAGUGCCAGUACUGUCGUCUCAAACUGUCUAUGCCCUCAAGGUUGGGAGGGUGACUUCUGUGAAGAUGACGUCGAUGGUUGUGCCAACUUUGACUGUUUCAUGGGUGUGGAUUGUGUGGAUGUCCCUGCUCCAGGAGUGGGGGCCAUGUGUGGUCCAUGCCCUGACGGGUAUCGUGGAGACGGGUCAAAGUGCGCCGAUAUCAACGAGUGUAACGGUACCCACGGCUGUGCUCACUUGUGUGUUAACCAACCGGGAAGCUUCGAGUGUGCCUGUUACCUUGGUUAUGAGCUCGUUAACCAAACAGAAUGUAGAGACAUAAAUGAGUGCUUGUUGCUCAAUGGUGGUUGUCAUCAGGUCUGUAACAACACAAUCGGAGGGUUUGGUUGCAGCUGUGAGGAAGGUUACACCAUCAACACUGACAACGAAACCUGCCAAGUUGACCCAGUAGCGAUGUGUAAUGCUAGUAACAGUUGUGCACAAUCUUGUGUGAGAUUAUUUGGUGUUGAAACCUGCGACUGUCUCCCUGGUUACAAACUGGCAUCCAAUGAGAUGGACUGCACAAAUAUAAAUGAGUGUCUGGAGGAUCCAUGUGAGCAGAUCUGCACUGACUUGGAGGGAGGUUAUGAAUGCUCGUGUCGGGAGGGAUACCAACUGUUGUCUGGUGGGAGAUGUACCGAUAUCAACGAGUGUUUGGUGGCAGCUAUGGACAUAUUUGCCCCUGACCUUUGUGGACCCUCCAUGUUCUGUGUGAAUGUUGAGGGUAACUACAGCUGUGAGUGCCUGGCCGGUACACUACUAAUGGAUGGAGUGUGUGAAGCUGAUAUUGAUGAAUGUGAUGAUAAUCUGGAUAAUUGUGCUGAGGAAAAUGCCGAAUGUACUAACACAAUAGGCAGCUUUACUUGUGCGUGUUAUCCUGGUUACUCUGGUGAUGGAACUGUGUGCAUGGAUAUUGACGAAUGUGACGAUAAUCUGGAUAAUUGUGCUAAGGACAAUGCCGAGUGUACUAAUACAAUAGGCAGCUUUACUUGUGCAUGUGACCCUGGUUACUCUGGUGAUGGAACUGUGUGCAUGGACACGGACGAGUGUGCCGCCGGACUGGACAACUGUCACGUCAAUGCCACCUGUUCUAACUCUGUCGGCAGCUUCAGUUGUGUCUGUGAUGAUGACUUUUUUGGAGAUGGCAUCAUUUGUAUGCCUGAUGUUCAGUUAAGCCUUGUCCCGGACCGAUACAGUGUACUGGAGGGAGAGUCACUUGACGUCACUAUGAAUGUGUACAACCCAAGCAAUGAAAAUAUCACGGUGUCUGGAUGCUUCCACAUCUCGAAAAUCGAGCUUUACGUAUCGUAUUCUUUUGACGUGCACGCUGGAGCCAUGUUUGUCCAAACGGAGACCAUCAUGUUUCCUGGUGACGACAUACUAAACGAAAUGGAAAAAAUGAACGUGGAAUUGGUAUUGGAAUCAGACAGUAAUUUGGUGACAAUUAUGGAUGGAUACAGUACCGCCAACGUUAUUGUUGUCGACGAUGAUAUUGUCGAUGUCGGCUUCACUGAGACGGAAGUGUAUGUACUCGAGAGUGAGGGUGUGGUGCAUGUGUGUGUGGAGCUCCUCCAAGGGUCAGGCUGUCAACGCCCCAUCGUGCUACGUGUGAACACAAGGAAACAUUCUGACGCCACCUUCCCUGCCAAUAAAGGUGAUGACUUCGAAACCUUACGAGAGAUUGGCUCGAUCAACAUCAACGCUGAGGAGGGCCAGACAGAAUGUUUCUACGUGAAUAUCGUGAACGACGAUUAUUAUGAACAAAAUGAAACAUUUAAAAUCAUGUUGGACGUCGUGGACGCUAACGUGUUUGCACUGGUUGACAUGGUAAUCGUAACCAUCAUUGAUGACGACAUUGCUCCUAUUUUCUGUCCUGAACUCAGCAUUGAAAAUGGUGAAGUCACAGUAAUGGGAGAACAGACACCUGGAACCACCGCCCACUACAGUUGUGACGAGUUCUACGUACUGAGUGGGAAUACGUACCGAACCUGUCAGGAGAAUGGAACCUGGACUGGAGAGGAUCCGGAAUGUGAACGUGGACCUUUCACUGCCUCGUGCCUGUCCUCUAUGGAUAGCAUCACUGGGCCUCUGAUUAUCAGCUGUAGCACUGUGGGACCUGCCGCCAUCGUCGACAUAUCAUGUGACUUUGAUAAUGGUGUUCGCGUUAAGGAAUGCACUUCUCUUCUGAGCAUCGACUUCCUUGACUUUGAUGCUGGAAUCCAUACACUAGUCAUCACCUUCACUGAUGCGGACGGAAUUGCGGUUCAAUCGAGCUUCUCCUUCAGUGUACCCUUUGUGUGCCCGAGCCUGAGCAUUGGAAACGGUGAUGUGGAUAUCAUGGGUACAAUGUUCAAAAUAGGAUACCUGGCUGGGGCCAUCGCUAACUACAGUUGUGACAACUUCUUCAUACUGACUGGGAAUGAGUUCAGGAAUUGCCAGGCGGAUGGAACCUGGGAUGGAAUGGAUCCGGAAUGUGAACGUGGACCUAUCAUGCUGGACUGUGCCUCCUCCCAGACCAGCCCUGCAAUGCUACCUGACCUUAGUUGUACGGCAGUGGGUCCGUUCUCUAUCGUCAACACUAUCUGUAACUUCGACGACGGAGCAUAUAAUAUCACGGAGUGUGAUCUUGCGGCACCACUGAAGAGUCCAGUUGUAGGCCAACUGGGUGCAGGUAACCACACCCUCUUGCUCACCGUUACGGACAGCGAUGGCGAGAUGGCCAAAUUCAUAUUCAAUUUCUUCAUUCCUCCACCACUUGGACUUGCUUGUGUGGAGGUGGAGUUCAACCCGUUCUUGUAUAGAUUAAUGUGCACAGCUGACAACAGUUUAUCGAAACCUCUACUAUGUGAGGCAGCCUCAAGUCUCGGCUCUUUCACAGUCGAUUGUGGCCAGCUGGAUGUAGUCAACACCAUCGAUGCACCACCUCUCGUGGGUGAUGUUGCGUACACCCUUACGGUAUCAGCUGUGGAUAUCUUUGAGCAGCAAGAAUCCGAUGUGCUGAUGUUCAUUCUCCCAGACCCACCCACCCUAGAGCUGCAGUUUAAUGAUAACACUCCUGAUGUCGAUGGCAGCAAUAUUAGAGUCUCCUUUGUUUCAAACAAUCCCCUGGAAUCAGCUGUCUGUGCUAUCAAUGGUCCCAAUCCAAUCAGUGGAUCAUGCGAUCUCGCUAUGGAUGGAUUCUCUGGUAGUUUUGUCCUUACUCCAGUGAACAGAGUUACUGCUCGAUACAUUACUAUCACGGCUAUGUCUGCAAACAGCCAGACAGCCUCACUAAUCAGAGGCGUUCGUUCAGGGGCGAUUACACAGUGUUCCGCUCAUCUCAUCAACGAAGGGGUGGUUAUCAGCGGCAGCAGUGUAACCGUGGAGUUCACAGUCACUGGGCUAGCCAACUUGGCUUCAAGUAUCUGCAUCCUCGGCUCACAAGUGGUGGAUCCUUGUACGAGCCCAGUAACAUUCGAUAAUGUGAUCCAAGCAGAAUUCCAGGGAGGGUUAGUUAUUCGGCCUAAUGACCCUGAUCGUCUCUGCAGCAGGACCAUAAGUCGUUUGGUAACGCUCGUCUAAGAGAAACUGUGAACUAGCUAGAAUUAUCAUUACAAUCAUUAUAGAGUUAGUUGUAUAUUGCAGAACACAGCUGUAUGGUAGAAGAACAACUGGUAUAGAUUUAGAUCAUUUUUAUUCUCAUCCUUGUAACAUUUUAAAAGUGUGCUUCUUAAAGUCAUAA